AAUGGGUGCUAAUUCUUCAUAAAGUGAAAAAUUUGUAUAAGAAUUCUAAAGACAAUGCGUUAAAGUGAGAGAGUUAAAAGACUUGCGUUUUGGAGAUGUUUAGAUAUUUCGAACACAAUAGAAUACUUUCAUUAUGGUCAAAAGCAUCUGGUGCAAUAAUUCAUAAGAAUAUGAUGCAUCAAUUAGUAAUAUAAAAUUGAUUAAUUUAGGUAAUUGUGAAAAGAGAUCUAAGAUUCAGCAUUAAAAUCUGGUCAAACUCUUAGGUUAUCAUUCAAAUUCAUAAAAUUAAUGGUGUGGAGAUUUUUCAAAAAUUACUGUAUAUUUGGAAUUCUUUGAUUACACUUUAGAAAAGUCUAUUGAUACAAGGAGACAAACUAAUUAAUACUUUACAGAAGCUGAACUAUGGAAGAUGCUAUUUACUAUUGCUAAAUUGGGAAUCUAUCUUGAAGAAUAAAAUAAAGUACUUGGAGAUAUAAGACCUUGCAAUAUUUAAUUAUCAGAUGAUUUGAAAAUGGCUGUAAGAAUUAUACAUAACUCUUUAUAGGAAUUAGGCAUAUUAAAACCAGAUCAAACAGGUUAUUAAAGAUAAAUAAAUAAUUAAGAAGUAGCAUAUUUAAGUCCAGAACAGUUAUAUUCACUUAAUAAUCCUUCAAUUACAGCUAAAUCAGAUGUCUAUUCUUUAGGUGUUACAAUGUUAGAAUGCUCUACUCUAAUGAGUGGAAAGAAUCUAUAUAAAUCAAAUAGAAUUGACGGCCAUCUUCUUUAACAAUUAUUAGAAACUGUCAAAUAACUAGGAUAUUCAAAUCCAUGGUAUAGAAUGGUUAGAGAGUUAUUAAAAGAGUAGCCUGAUGAAAGGCCUUCUUAUUAAGAUAUUUAUGUAAUUUUUCAAUCUUUAUAAUCAGGAUGCCCUCAAAUAAUUUGAAGUUCAGAUCCUUAAUUUAUAGCCAUUUUAACUUGUAUAUUAACAACCUCAAAUACCUUAACAAUCUAUAUCACCAUAUAGACCAUAACAUUAACAAUAUUCAUAAUCAUUACCACCUCCACAUCAACAAUAGUAGGUUCAAAAUUAAGUACCAAUAUAAUAUUAAUAAUUUUAAUAAUAAUAAUAAUAAUAACCAUAAUAAUAAUAAUAAAUAGUUUAACCAUAAUAAAUACAGUCUUUACCUUAAUAGCCACCUUAUUAGUAUCAAUAAUAAGUGCUUCCAUCACAAUAACCAAUUUUAGCAUCUUAAUUACCUUAAUAAUAGACAUAAUAAUAACCUAUGCCUAUACCAUAAAAUUAAUUUCCUCCAUAAUAAUCUUAUAUGUAUUAAUAUCAAUAGCAACCUUAUUUAAAUGAAUUAGCAAAUGCUCAAUCAAAUUAUUUUGUUUAAUAACCUGUUCAUCAUUUACCAUAACAAAUAGAGUAGUCCCCAUAUCACACACUACAGUCCCCUUAAAACAUGACAUCAACUAUGUAUUAUCAAGAGGAAGAAUAAGAUGAUGGAUUAAAUGAAAUUGACAGAAAGAUUUAAUAAGCAUUGAAAAUGACUAGGGAUACUGAAAUGAGAAAUAAAUAAACACCGAAUUACUAUUGAC